GAAAUAUGUGAUUUUAGGUUAUAUUUUCUUUUUAAAACACGUUCUUAUCCAUAUGAGUUCAAUAUCAGUAUAAAUAUUUAUAAAGUACAAUGGCUAAGUUUCAUUUAAGAAAAAAGUCUAAACGACAGCCUGCGCGUCUUAGAUAUAAGAUUGAAAAGAAAGUCCGCGAGCACAAUAGAAAACUCAAGAAAGAAAAUAAGAACAACCCCAAAAAGAAAAGGGAAAUAAUACAAGUCCCAAACAUAUGUCCUUUUAAAGAGGACAUUCUUAAAGAAGUAGAAGCACUAAAGAAGCAAAAGGAAGAAGAAAAACUUAAGCUGAAAGAAGCUGCAAAAUUGGAAAGACAAAAGCAGAAAGAGGAAAGCAAAAAUGAGAAACUUACUGCAGGACUUCAGGGGUUAGUGCAAAAUGCUGAAAUAAGGAGUAAACUUCAUGAACAUUUAACACCAGAUAGUAAUGUAAAGCAGCAUGAGACAAAUAAUGAACAGUCUCUUAAACAAUAUUACAAAGAAUUUAAAAAGGUUAUUGAAGCUGCAGAUGUUAUUCUGGAAGUAGUUGAUGCUAGAGAUCCUUUAGGUACUAGAUGUAAGCAAGUAGAGCAGGCUGUGUUAGAUACAAAAGGUAAUAAAAGACUAGUCUUAGUAUUAAACAAGGCAGACUUAGUUCCUAGGGAAAUUUUGGAUCAAUGGCUAAAGUACUUGAAGAAAACCACUCCCACUAUAGCAUUCAAAGCAUCAACUCAAAAUCAAAGUAAAAAGUUAGGACAGAGAAAGCUUGGAAAGGGAAAUAAGGUAUUGCAGAGUUCAAAUUCUGUAGGAGCAGAACUGUUAAUGUCUCUACUAGCAAACUAUUGUAGGAACAAGGGUAUCAAAACUUCUAUAAGAGUUGGAAUUGUAGGUUUGCCUAAUGUAGGAAAAAGUUCAAUUAUUAACAGCUUAAAAAGGUCUAGAGCUUGUAAUGUUGGUGCUACACCUGGUGUUACUAGGGCAAUGCAGGAAGUACAAUUAGACUCAAAAAUAAAGCUGUUAGAUUCUCCUGGUAUAGUUUUUGCAUCUGGAAGUGACAGUAGUGCUUCAUUGAGGAAUGCAGUUCGAAUUUCUGCCUUGAGUGAUCCUAUAACACCUGCCAAUGCAAUUUUACAAAGGGUUACUAAACAACAAAUGAUGGAAAUGUAUGACGUUACUGAAUAUAGCUCACCAGAGGAAUUUUACAGUUUAAAAGCUGCAAGGACAGGAAGAUUUAAGAAAGGUGGUGUUCCUGAUGCCGUUGCUGCUGCCAGAGGUUUAUUAGAAGACUGGAAUAAUGGAAAAAUCAAAUACUAUACAGUACCACCUGAAGAACCUCAAAAUAAUGUGCACAUUAGUGCAGCAAUUGUCACUGAAGUAGCUAAAGAAUUCGACUUAGACAGUUUCGAAACUAUGGAAACUGACAUUUUAAAUAAAAUCGAAAAAGAGUCAGAUACAAAAUCAAAAGCAUUUGUUUUAGAAAGUUUGGGACCUGUAGAUUCUAUCGAGGAUAUGGAAGAAGAGGCAGAUGAAUUGAUAACUGCAAACACAAACAUAGUCUCCAACAAGAAAAAGCAAAAACAAAGAGGUGUUGCAAGGUUGAAGAAACUAGACCCUGAAAUGGAGUUGGAAGGUAACCAAAAACUGAACCAAAUCAGAAAGAAACAGUUUAAAAAAGAGAAGAAGGAUCAAAGGAGAAGAGAAAAAGUGGCGAUGCAGCUUUCCUCGGGCUUAGAAAAUUUUAAUCUAAAUAAAUCUAAUGAAUCUGAAGAUUAUAACUUUGAUACUGAUUUUGUUUCAAAAUAAACUUGAAAUAA